AUGGACCAGAAACGAACUCACUCCUCUGAAUUACUGAAUAUACCAGGCCGACAAAAGACCAUUGCGAAAUUGCUCGCGGAGAAGAAAUCUCAAGAGACGCACAAUGAACCCAUGGACACCGAUAGCUUGCCAACACCACCACCACCUAAUGAGCGAAAAACAUACAAAGUAGAGGCACCAAGCGACUUAUUGUCUCGGAUACAGGCAUUUUUGCCGCAGCUGGAGUCGGCCAAUAAGGAACUGGAAAACACUGAUCCAAGCAAUUUAGACAUUGAAAAUGUGAAUGAAGAAGAUCAAUAUAUUGAAAUGAAUCUCGGAUUGGGCGUUUAUGAAGAAAAGCGAGACGACAAUGAUUCUGACAGCGAUGACGAUGAAGAACCCGAGAUCGUCAUACCUCACACGCAAAAUGAAGGAAAGAAGAAAGGCACUAAACCCAAUAUUGAGCUUAUUUCCAAAGAUGAAAAAUGA